GAAAGUGAGAAAAGUGUGUGAAGAGUGAAAAUACACUUAGAGUAGAAGUGUAUUGGUGAGGAUUGGUUUUUUGUAAUAGUUGAGUGUGAGAGUUUGCUCCUCCUAUUGUAAUUCUGUUCUUGAUAUUGAAUAGAAGAAUUUUCCAAUCCCAACAAUUGAGUUAUUGCAAGAACAUGCCCGAUUAGGAUAAGACGCCUUCCUUGAGAUAGAAGAUUUUGUCUCCAAGAAGAGAGCUUUUGGUCAAAAAGCUCCAACAGAUCCUUGCAAUGUGAAAUCCUGGUAAUACCCUUAUGUAGAUUGACUGUAUUUGAUUGGUAGAUUGGUCUUUUUUAUACCCAACUUUUCCAUAAUAUUGAUUCUCCCCGUUGAAGUAUGCUUGGCUACCAGAAAGCUACUCUUAGGAGGUGUUUGGAACUGAUUCUCCUUUUUUAAAGCAGAAGCAGAAGCAGAAUCAGUUUUCAGAAUCUGGUCCCCCAGCUUCUAAAAAUUCUAAGAGUAAAUUAGAGCACCAGAAUCACUUCUGCAUUUUCACCCAAACACUCCAACUUCUGCUUCUACUCCCUGAAGAAGCAAAAGCAGUUUAAAGAACCAGAUCCAAACACCCCCUUAGAUUCACCAACUAACCUGAUGCUAGUUGAUAGUGCUUGAGGAACUAGACUCAACUAGGUGAAAUUCUUAUGACUAGAAAGUUCCCGAAAUAUGAGUAGAUAGAUUUUGGAAUUUCAAAAUAGGAUAUUAUGUUUUUUUUCUCGAAAUAUGAGUAACAUGACAAUAUUUACUGCCAUUUUGGAGAUAUUAUUAUCAAAUAUAUAGUUGCAAUACUAGACAUUAACAUGACAGUAUUUACUGUUAUGCAAUACUAGUCAUGUUUCAAAAAGAAAAACAUUUAGUCUUAUUUUGGAAUUCUAAAAUCUAUUUACUUCUAAUUAGGACAAUUAUUGAAGUUUAGUCCAAUUAAAUACAUCCGUAUUAUUAGAUACCAAUUUAUUUAUAUAUAAAAAAAAAGAUACCAAUUUAUUUUUAUACUAAAAGUGAAUGUGUAUAUAAUUUUUUGUACUUACCAACCUAGUGAAAUCAAUCACGAUACAGUAGUACGAAGUAUAAUACACACAUUUAUACGAGGUACAUAUAUGCACAUGCUAUUUUGGUAUUACUACCAAUAUGAUGAAAUCAUGAUGAUACGGUAGUAUAGUAGUAAAAAUAAAAACAAUUGCGGUGUAUUAUGUAGUAUAUAUACAUAUAUACUCUGUAUAAGAGAGGUUUAAAAGAGAUUAAAGAAGAGAUGAACGAUCUUGUGUUGGGUGUCCUGCUCCUAUUUCUUUGUGCUACAUUGCUCGGAACAAAAGGUAAUCAACAUAUAUGGAUUAAAACAUGGUAAACAUUUCACAUGAGAAACAAAUACACAUGCUUUGUAUAGUAAUGCACUAAUGCUUGACAAAUUCUAGUAUACAUUAUGUUGUUUGUGCCAACAAUUGUAAUUAUUGUGCCAAAUUAGUUAAUUAAUACUCAUAUCCCGAAAUGCAUGAGUUGUUUGUAAUUUUGUAUGAUGUGCUGGAUGCUCCAAGAUGUAUGUUGCCCUUUAAAUACUAUUACCUUCAUUAUUUUUUAAUAAGUGUAACAUGUUAAAUUUCACAAUAUUCACAUGUUCUAUUCUGAUUACGUUUUAUUUGUUUAAAAAUUAAUAAAUUAAUUUUUAAAAAGUAUUGUUAAAAAUUUUUCAUUGUAAAUUUUCAAAAUCUUAAUCUUUUAAUUUUUUUACUUCCAGAGAAUAAAAUAUACAAAUGGCCGGGCUAGACAAAGUUAUGCAUUUGUAAACUUAACAAACGGACGUUAUACUUAUUUAAAAACGAAAGUAGUAUAUAUUAUAUAUUUUUUUGUGGGAGUGAAAUAGUUAGAUAUAAAAUCCCGUCUUUCAUACCAUACCAUUAAUCUGGUUUCAUGGUCAAAAGAUUCAAAAUAAUAUGGUGUAAUAUUAGUACAAACAGUAUCACUAGUUUACCACUCAUUUAUCACUAGUUUACCACUACAAUAUUUAUACUACCUCCGUCUCAAAUUGGUUUACAAAUUUGACUUUUCUUGAUCAAACAGUUUCAUUUUAUUUACUUAAUCAGAAUCUCAAUUUUUAAUUAUAUUCUAAUUUGGAGUUUGCAACUUUGAAGAGAAUGUAAUGUAGUUUUUUAAUAUGUAAAUUUUAAUUAUUAAAAGUUGAGUUAUUUAUCGAUAAGGAGGCUUGACUUUUAUUAUUGGUUGACAAAAAAAUGUUGACUUUGUAAAACAAUUUGGGACGUAGGGAGUAUGACUUUUGUAGAUUUUUUUGAUUUUUUUUAUUCGAACAAGGGCAUUAUAGUGAAUGUGCAAUUUUUUUAUGAUUUAGGAAACAUUCUUGAUUGUGCCAGCCAAACAUGCCACAACACGAUCGCUGCGGAGCCACCCACAUUCAUCCACUCCAAAGGAAGCGGAACCCGAUAUAAAUACAUUCCCAACUUGCAGCCUAAAGGUCAAUAUGAUCACGGGGUUACUUACACACCGGAAGAUGAUCAAGUGGAUUAUGAUUCUGCAAAGCCUUCCCCACCCAUUAUUCAUAAUAACCCUCAAUUUCGCUAUUAAGUUCUUACAUAAUAAUUAAAUAUUCGUAUUUUCACUAUAUCCUUUCACAAAAUAAAUUACAAAAUUAUUUUUUACUACGUAUUUUGGAGAGACCAUGUUCUUAGCUUGUUGUCGGGGUUUUCAGAGAAAAUAAGGACCUCGAUUCAUAUUACGAGGAGCGGUUACUAUUCAUUCCAUUGAUCCAAAUUUUGUUCACCAUACUAAAUAUCGACCUUGAAAAAACUCAAAAAAGGAUGUCAGCCAAGACGGAUUGGACAGUUAUUUGGGAGUUAAUUUUGCUCAUACUUUUUGGCAUACAAUGUGUAAUUGUGUAAAACUCGAAAGAAAAACUAUCAUAUAUACCCUCAUAAUAUUACAAGAAAAUCAUUGAAUUCUCAUAUUACCUCCGUUCUUAAAUAAGUGCAACAGUCAACCUUUCACAUUUGUCGAGGCACAACUUUGACCAUUAAUAUAUAUAACUCUCUAUUAGUAAAAAAUUAAAAAAAAAAUGAAAAUUUACAAUGAGAUAUAUUUAGUAAUAUUUUUUUCAAAAAUAUAUAUUAAUACAUCAAUAAAUAAAAUGUAGUCAAAGUAGAACAUGUGAAUAGUGUAAAAUUUGCAAUGUUGCACUUAUUUAAGAACGGAGGUAGUGGUAUGUGAGUAUCACUUAUUUAAGAACAUGUGAGUAGUACUUCCUAUAUACAUACGACCUGUGCAAACGAAAAUAGUGGUAUGUAACAUUACUUAGUUUAUGAAUUGCUCCUGAGCUUCCUCAUGCAUCUCACUAGUAGAUUCAUUCUGGCAGCUUAACUUUUGGGACAUCUUGCAAUGUGUGGCUUCUAAAUUAGUCAUUUCUACCUCUAUUGUCACGGGUAGCCUUCCUUCUCUUCUCAUUAUGUCUUUUUACAUGGUGGAUAUCUUAUAUUUGUUCUCCUCGUCCACAUUCAUUGACUCUACCAUGACAUACUGAUAUCUCAAUCAUACCUUGUCUAGAGUGUGAGGUGAAGGUUGGAAGAAUGCAUCAUCUCCCUUUAAUAAAUCAUCCAAAUUCUUAAGUGUUGAUUGGUCUUUCAAAGAUUGUACUCCUUAUAGAGACCUAGUUCUAGAAUGUUAAGAUUUGAGGAUUUAGCUUUUGGUUAGUCAAGCUAAUAUCGAAACCAUCAGAAGUGACUGCAACCCAGCAAUCAGUCUGUGACCUUCAGACCUUGUGUUGUCACAUUGGAUGAUGAUGUCCUCGCUUGAAUGUUCAGGUCAUUUUUUCUUGGUUGUUGCCUUGGUUGUAUAACGGUGUUGAUUAACAUGUUUUUGUUACUGCUCAAUAUAGGCCUGGUUUUCAACUAUCCUUGCCUUGCCUGUUUUUGUUUUGCUUCUCCUUUUGAUCUCAACUAUCCUCCCGAGUUUCUGAUAAUAUAGGUCGCCCGUUGCUCGUAGGGAUCCUCCUCUUCCAAACCCAUGUGGAAGUGUUGAGAAGUUUCGACAUGCAAACCCAUUUUUCAAUAUAACAUUGCAAAAGGAUUUAAAAUUUGACUUUAUUGGAAUUGUUGUGUCAAAUGAUUGUAACAGAAGUGAAGUAUGGUCAUUUUAUUUGCAUCAAUGAGGAUUGAGGAAAGAUAUUUAUUGCAUUUGUAUAUCUUCUGGGCAUACACCUUUACACUAUCUUGUGCAGGACUUAGA